CAACAGCUCAUACUCAUACUUGGAGCCCUGCUCUUGCGUUUCAUCCUGCCUCUUCAAUUUACUGCCACUCCACUGACUCAGGAAAUUGGGGUACCAGGCUGAGUCAGGGAGCUCAAGAAUUGAACGGACAAAGGCAGCAACAGUUGUGGCUCCAGAGAAGAAGGGGGAGCUGAAAGGAAGCCGCCCAUCAGAGCACCCAGCCAGGCCUGAAUCACUGCCCUUGCACUCUGGGCUGAAGGGAACAGAGGUCUCCAUCUGCUUUCCGGCCGUUCUCGAGACCAGCGCUGGGCUGUGGUGAAAUGUGAUGAGUGGUGAGACCUCAAGGUGACAGGUUGCUGUAGCCCUAGAGGUGUCAGGAGCAGAAACAUGACUGGUGGAAACCUUCUCCUUUCCUGCCCUGUGGGAGCUUUGUGGUCAGGCUGCUCAGCAGUCAAUAUGAAGAUGGGAAAGCCACACUGGAAAGGAAGAAAUGUGCUGGGCAAGGCUGUCCACUCCCUGUCUCGCCUUGGGGACGAGCUUUACCUGGAACCCUUGGAUGAUGGGCUCACCCUCAGGACAGUGAACUCUUCCCGCUCCGCCUAUGCCUGCUUCCUCUUCGCCCCACUCUUCUUCCAGCAAUACCAGCCUGCCACCCCUGGGCAGGACCUGCUGCGCUGCAAGAUCCUGAUGAAGUCCUUCCUGUCCAUAUUCCGCUCACUGGCGAUGCUGGAGAAGACUGUGGAAAAAUGCUGCAUCUCCCUUAAUGACAGGAGCAGCUGCUUGGUGGUCCAGCUGCACUGCAAGUAUGGAGUGAGGAAGACUCACAACCUGUCCUUCCAGGACUGUGAAUCCCUGCAGGCAGUCUUCAAUCCAGCCUCGUGCCCCCACGUGCUCCGCGCCCCUGCACGGAUCCUGGGAGAAGCUGUUCUACCCUUUCCCCCUGCACUGGCUGAAGUGACACUGGGCAUUGGCCGUGGCCGCCGGGUCAUCCUGCGCAGCUACCAGGAGGAGGAGGCAGACAGCACCACCAAGGCCAUGAUGACUGAGAUGAGCAUUGGGGAGGAAGAUUUCCAGCAGUUGCAGGCCCCAGAAGGAGUGGCCAUCACUUUCUGCCUCAAGGAAUUCCGGGGGCUCCUGAGCUUUGCGGAGUCAGCAAACUUGCCUCUUAGCAUUCACUUUGGUGCUCCAGGCAGGCCAGCCAUCUUCACCAUUGAGGACUCUGUGCUGGAUGGCCACUUCGUUUUGGCCACACUCUUAGAGCUGGAUGCACACUCCCAAGACCUGAGCUCCUCAGAGCCCCACCGCCCAGUGCCUCAGCUGCAGGAUCACAGCACACUCCACCAGGAUAAUUUUGCCAGUGAUGACAUUGACUCUUACAUGAUUGCCAUGGAAACCACUGUAGGCAGUGAGGGCUCUCGGGCACUGCCCUCCGUUUCCCUUACACCUGGCCCCCAGCACCACUGUGGUCCUGGCCCCGAGUCAGAGGAAGAGGAUGAAGCUGAGCCCAGUCCAGUGCCUGGGACUCCCCCUCCCAAGAAGUUCCGCUCGCUGUUCUUUGGCUCCAUCUUAGCCCCCAUACACUCUCCCCAAGGCCCCAGCCCUGUACUGGCUGAAGAUAGCGAUGGUGAAGGCUGAAGAACAUACCAGAAGUCCGUGUCCUAAAGCCAUGGACUAGAAGCCCCAGCAAGUGUGGCAGGGCUGGGUCUUGGGGAUGAGGGUUGGGGUAAGAGAGGGGUUGUGCUGGACCUGAGCUGGUAGUUCCGCUCCUAUCCAAAAGCUUCUGCCUGGCUGUCCAUUGUAGAGCUGCCUGGCUGGCUGUGCCAGGCCUGGGUCCUGUCAUCCCCCCAUAAUCGUGCAAUCAAUCAUGUCUCUUCUCGGGCCUGGUGCCAGACUGCCACCUGAUAGAAGAUGCCUCACCUGUCAUGUACUGUAGAGCCUCCAGCCAUGUGGCUGAAGCCAAAAGCCCACCUUCCUUAGGCUUACAUCCCUAAGAGAAAGUCAUAAUGGGGCUGCAGCUGCUGCUGAUCCACCCUCUUUGCCAAUCAUGAACCACUCCUCCUUUGAGCAUUGCCCACACCUCUGGAACCCCCAACACUCUUCUUGCUUUCCCAAUACUCUUUGGCUCUGGCUUGAAUUCUAAAAGCCUCUGGAUCUGACUAUAGACAUAUAUAUACACAUAUAUAUAUAUAUAUAUAUAUAUAUAUAUAUAUGCCUGGGUUGUCCUGGCAGGGCCUCUGCCCAGCAAACAUGACCUCCCAAAUGGCUCUGGGCAGAAGGGAUGCCAGGCCCAGUGUCUAGGACAAGUGAGACAGAGGCCAUGGCGAGAAUCCAGCUUUGACUUUUAUUCAAGAGACCAGAUGGGUUGCCCCAGGAUCCUGCUGCCAGCCCUGUGGCCAAGCACAGCUGGAAACCCACAAUCUGGCCUGCCAUUGCCCUGAGCUGCAGCCUUAGCCCCAGGUUCCCACUUGCAGCCACCACAGUUGAGGGUGGGAGGAAGCCCUGGGGGAUUGGACGCUGCUAUUGAUUCAUUAAAAAACAAAGAAAAAUA